AUGAGCAGCGCUUCUGGUCUCCGCUUCCUGCGGCCUUAUCUUUGCAAAGAUCUUAAUGUGUCGAGGAAUGCCGCCUAUAUCCGAUUCUUUAGCCAAACACGAUGUUUGAAGGUAUUCGAAGGCAAACAGAGAAGGCUAAAGAAGGACCCUGCCAGCAAGGCCAGCAAGGCCAGCAAGGCGUCGGCCAUUGGUGACACGAAUGAUAGAAUUGAGAAGUUGAAGGCUGUUGGUGCUCUGCGCUGGCCAAGAAUUGAGGGUGAUGCCCUGGCGGUGUCCAUCCCAGAAUUUCAUCGACGCUAUGGCAAAGAACUGAAGCCCGGGGAAAAGCGGACUGGAGAAACUGUCCUCGUUCGCGGGAGGAUCACUUCGGUACGGGUUUUCGGCUCCUCCCUCGUUUUCGUGGAUAUCGUCGAAGAUGGCCACCGAGUUCAGGGAGUCUGCAACUUCUCUGAAAUUGGGAUUUUUAAUAGCCUAGACAAAAAACAGUUCGAACUUUUUGUAAAAACUGCGCGACGAGGAGAUUAUAUCUCAAUGGUUGGCCACCCGUAUGUCACCAAAAACACGAAAGGAGAGUUGUCUGUAGCUUGUAGUGAUCUUCCGAAGAUUUUAUCCCCCUGCUUGCACACUCAGCCCGCAAAGAUGGAAGAUGCAGAGGCUCGGGUCCGAAAUCGUCACGUUGACUUGCUUGUCAAUCCACACUCGGCGGACACUUUCCGAGUCCGCUCUAAGAUCAUACAGUACAUUAGAGACUUCCUAUUGAAAGACGACUUCCUUGAAGUUCAAACACCCAUAAUUGCGGAUGUAGCGGGCGGCGCUAUAGCAAAGCCUUUCACGACUUCCGCUACUGAAUUCCCAGAAAAGGCGAUGGCUCUCCGAAUAGCUCCCGAGUUAUGGUUGAAACGGCUAGUCAUAGGGGGAAUGAACCGGGUGUUUGAGAUCGGCCCAGCAUUUCGCAACGAGGGGCUUGAUUUGACUCACAAUCCCGAGUUUACCACUUGCGAGUUCUACAAAUCCUUUGCAUCCCUGGAUGACUUGAUGGCCAUGACCGAACAGAUGGUGGUGGGAAUUGCGCAGCAUGUCACAGAAUUGCGCGAGACAACUCUACUCGCUCUCCCAGCAUUAGAUACCAGCCUUCAUACCGCUCCUUUCAAGCGUCUUGAAUUUAUCCCAGCCAUCGAAGAGGCCUUGGGUCAAAAGCUUCCUGACUUGGCUGAUGAUUCUGCCACAGAGGAUAUUAUAGCAAUUUUCAAACACAAGUCCAUAACGGUCCCGGCAUUGUCCACGCUACCUCGUCUGCUGGAUAAGUUGGCAUCUAUUUAUCUCGAGCCCCACUGCGAAGCACCCACCUUCAUUACGCACCAUCCAGCCUGUAUGGCGCCGCUAUCAAAAUCUUUCGUUGACAGCAGCACCAACCAGGUUGUCUCCGCCCGCGCAGAACUAUUUAUCCAAAAACGCGAGGUUGCGAACAUGUACGAGGAAGAGAAUUCCCCCUUUGAGCAGAGAGCCAAGUUCGUGGAGCAGGGGAAGUGGCGAGACCACGAGAAUCCUGCCCAUGUUGACGAAAGUUAUCUCGAGGCCCUAGAAUGGGGGCUUCCUCCCACUGGCGGCUGGGGAUGUGGGAUAGAUCGCCUGGUGAUGCUUUUUUCAGGGGCAACUCGCAUCAGUGAUGUCCUACCAUUUGGGAACUUGAGGAAUGUCGUUAAUCUCGGAAAACCUGCUCCGAGAACGGGGUCUGCGAAAAUACAGAAGACUGCCGUUGCUGCUCCUGAAGGGAAUUAA